AAGUAGUUGCCGAUUAAGAACAACCCCACCUUGGUUUAGUUUUGUGGAUCCCUUUCUUAGACGGGUGACUGAUGCAAACAAUCUGUGUCUUUCUUCCCCUCGCUCUCGCCUCUUGGACAUAGACGGUUUGGGGAUCUGAGGCCGCUGAUGGUACAGCUCAUCCGGGCUGCCUGUCAGAUCACAACCGUCACAGGAUAAAUCCCGCCGCCUGCUGCGAAGCCCCCGGUGAGCGCUGCAAACUUAGUGAGCGCACUGGGUAAUCGGGGCUCAGAUAUGCAGAUUGCCGCGGUGCCAGGCAGUGUGGCCGCCCCGCCAUCCUCUCCCUGGGGUUGGCGUCCGCAGGUGCAGUGAGACGCACGCGCGUGUGCGGGUACCAGCGCCUCCCGAGGACGCCCAGCCCGGGGACUGGAGCCCCGGCGCCCCGCGGGCUCUGGCGGCCACGCACUGGCAGAGGCGGCGGUGGUUCAUCUCCCGCGGCGGCAGCGGAUGAUGGUGGCGGCCGGCGCGCUGGGCUGUGCCUGUGCGUCGCCACGGAAAUCAGCGCCGGGCACUGCAUCCUGAGUCCCUGCAGGUCCGCUGCAGCCGAGCCAGUGCGAGGACAUAGCCGGAGCGCUGGGGCCACGGACCGUGUGCAGGGCCAGGGGGGCGAGUGGGGUCGGCGUAUCAUGGCGGAUCGGACAGCUCCCAGCUGCCAGCUCCGGCUGGAGUGGGUGUACGGCUACCGGGGCCACCAGUGCCGCAACAACCUGUACUACACGGCCGGCAAAGAGGUGGUCUACUUUGUGGCUGGAGUCGGGGUGGUGUACAACACCCGCGAGCACAGCCAGAAAUUCUUCCUGGGACACAACGACGACAUUAUCAGCCUUGCCUUACACCCAGAUAAAACUCUGAUUGCGACUGGUCAGGUCGGGAAGGAGCCGUAUAUCUGCAUAUGGGAUUCCUAUAACGUCCAGACUGUGUCUAUUCUUAAAGAUGUUCAUACACAUGGAGUAGCCUGCCUGGCUUUCGACUCGGAUGGACAGCGUUUAGCUUCUGUGGGAUUGGAUGCCAAAAACACAGUGUGCAUUUGGGACUGGCGGAAAGGAAAGCUUCUGGCCUCAGCCACUGGCCAUUCGGAUCGGAUUUUUGAUAUUUCCUGGGAUCCGUAUCAGCCAAACAGAGUGGUUAGCUGUGGAGUCAAACAUAUAAAGUUUUGGACCCUCUGUGGAAAUGCCCUGACUGCAAAAAGAGGAAUAUUUGGCAAAACAGGGGAUCUUCAGACCAUCCUUUGCCUUGCAUGUGCCAAAGAAGACAUCACCUACUCUGGUGCUUUAAAUGGUGACAUCUACGUCUGGAAAGGGCUCAACUUAGUUCGCACCAUUCAAGGAGCACACAGUGCUGGGAUCUUCAGCAUGUACGCCUGUGAAGAAGGCUUUGCCACCGGUGGCCGAGAUGGUUGCAUACGGUUAUGGGACACGGACUUCAAACCGAUAACCAAAAUUGACCUCAGGGAGACAGAACAAGGAUAUAAAGGCCUCUCUAUCCGGAGUGUGUGCUGGAAAGCAGAUCGCCUUCUCGCAGGGACGCAGGACAGUGAGAUAUUUGAAGUGAUUGUGAGGGAGCGAGACAAGCCGAUGUUGAUUCUGCAGGGCCACUGCGAAGGAGAGCUCUGGGCUCUGGCCUUGCACCCCAAGAAGCCCCUGGCUGUGACAGGCAGUGAUGACCGCUCCGUCAGGCUUUGGAGCCUGGCUGACCACGCCUUGAUCGCCCGCUGCAACAUGGAGGAGGCAGUGCGCAGUGUGGCCUUCAGCCCUGAUGGGUCUCAAUUGGCGCUGGGGAUGAAGGAUGGCUCUUUCAUCGUUCUCCGAGUCAGAGAUAUGACAGAAGUGGUUCACAUCAAAGACCGAAAAGAAGUCAUUCAUGAAAUGAAAUUUUCUCCUGAUGGCUCUUACCUAGCAGUGGGAUCCAAUGAUGGCCCAGUGGAUGUCUAUGCUGUUGCCCAGCGGUAUAAAAAAAUCGGGGAAUGCAGCAAGUCCCUUAGCUUCAUUACCCACAUCGACUGGUCUUUGGAUAGUAAAUACUUACAAACAAAUGAUGGAGCAGGAGAACGGUUGUUCUACAAAAUGCCUUCUGGGAAGCCUUUAACAAGUAAAGAAGAAAUCAAGGGGAUUCCCUGGGCCUCUUGGACGUGUGUCAAAGGCCCUGAAGUGAGUGGAAUUUGGCCAAAAUACACUGAGGUUACUGACAUCAACUCUGUGGACGCAAAUUACAAUAGCUCAGUGCUGGUGUCUGGAGAUGAUUUUGGACUUGUUAAAUUGUUUAAAUUUCCUUGUCUCAAGAAAGGAGCCAAAUUUAGGAAGUACGUGGGCCAUUCUGCACAUGUCACAAAUGUCCGCUGGUCCCAUGACUUCCAGUGGGUGUUGAGCACUGGUGGGGCCGACCAUUCCGUGUUCCAGUGGAGGUUUAUUCCAGAAGGUGUCAGCAACGGCAUGCUGGAAAGCACCCCGCAGGAAGGAGGCACUGAUUCCUACAGUGAAGAAUCCGAUUCAGAUUUAUCUGAUGUGCCCGAGUUGGACUCUGAUAUUGAACAGGAAACUCAAAUCAAUUAUGAUCGCCAGGUUUACAAAGAAGAUCUACCUCAGCUAAAGCAACAAAGCAAAGAGAAAAACCACGCAGUGCCCUUCCUCAAACGAGAAAAGGCUCCUGAGGACAGCCUGAAGCUCCAGUUCAUACACGGUUACAGAGGCUACGACUGUCGCAACAAUCUCUUCUACACCCAAGCCGGAGAGGUGGUCUACCACAUUGCCGCUGUGGCCGUCGUGUACAACAGGCAGCAGCACUCGCAGAGGCUGUACCUGGGACACGAUGACGACAUCCUCAGCCUCACCAUCCAUCCCGUGAAGGACUACGUGGCCACGGGGCAGGUUGGCAGGGAUGCUGCUAUUCAUGUGUGGGACACCCAAACUCUAAAAUGUCUGUCACUAUUGAAAGGUCAACAUCAGAGAGGAGUGUGUGCCUUGGACUUUUCAGCUGAUGGAAAAUGUCUGGUGUCGGUUGGUUUAGACGAUUUUCACAGUAUUGUGUUUUGGGACUGGAAAAAGGGAGAAAAGAUAGCCACCACAAGAGGACAUAAGGAUAAAAUAUUUGUGGUAAAGUGUAACCCACAUCAUGUUGACAAACUGGUUACUGUUGGGAUGAAGCACAUCAAAUUCUGGCAACAAGCAGGAGGAGGCUUUACUUCUAAAAGAGGAAUUUUUGGAAGUGCUGGAAAAUUGGAAACCAUGAUGUGUGUUUCUUACGGCCGAGUGGAAGACCUGGUGUUCUCAGGGGCAGCCACUGGCGAUAUUUUUAUUUGGAAAGACAUUAUGCUGCUGAAGACAGUGAAAGCUCACGACGGGCCGGUUUUUGCUAUGUAUGCAUUGGAUAAGGGGUUUGUAACAGGUGGAAAGGAUGGAAUUGUGGAGCUCUGGGAUGACAUGUUUGAAAGAUGCUUGAAGACUUACGCCAUUAAAAGAUCAGCAUUGUCAACUAGUUCGAAAGGCUUGCUUUUGGAAGAUAACCCUUCAAUCCGUGCUAUCACUUUGGGACAUGGACAUAUCCUGGUGGGAACAAAAAAUGGAGAGAUUCUGGAAAUUGAUAAGAAUGGUCCAAUGACACUACUUGUUCAGGGACACAUGGAAGGAGAAGUGUGGGGCUUGGCAGCUCACCCCCUUCUGCCCAUCUGUGCAACAGUGAGUGAUGAUAAAACGCUUCGGAUCUGGGAAUUAUCCUCCCAACACCGCAUGUUGGCAGUUCGGAAACUCAAAAAAGGUGGCAGGUGCUGUGCCUUCUCCCCUGAUGGGAAAGCCUUAGCAGUUGGCUUGAAUGAUGGAAGUUUCCUGGUGGUGAAUGCAGACACUGUUGAAGACAUGGUCUCCUUCCACCACAGAAAAGAAAUGAUCUCUGAUAUUAAGUUUUCCAAAGACACAGGAAAAUAUCUUGCUGUAGCCUCUCAUGAUAACUUCGUGGAUAUCUACAACGUCCUCACAAGCAAAAGGGUUGGCAUCUGCAAAGGUGCUUCCAGCUACAUUACACAUAUUGACUGGGACUCUAGAGGGAAAUUAUUGCAAGUGAAUUCAGGAGCCAAAGAACAACUCUUUUUUGAAGCUCCAAGAGGCAAGCGGCAUAUAAUCAGGCCUUCAGAGAUUGAGAAGAUCGAGUGGGAUACUUGGACCUGUGUCCUGGGGCCCACCUGUGAAGGCAUCUGGGCAGCACACAGCGACGUGACCGAUGUCAAUGCUGCCAGCCUUACCAGAGACCGUUCGCUCCUAGCCACUGGAGAUGAUUUCGGUUUUGUCAAGCUUUUCUCAUAUCCUGUCAAGGGACAACACGCAAGAUUCAAAAAGUACGUGGGGCAUAGUGCACACGUCACGAACGUGAGGUGGCUGCACAAUGACUCGGUACUGCUCACUGUUGGCGGCGCUGACACAGCCUUGAUGAUCUGGACCAGGGAGUUCGUGGGGACCCAGGAGAGCAAGCUGGUGGACAGCGAGGAGUCAGACACGGAUGCGGAGGAGGAUGGAGGCUAUGACAGCGAUGUGGCUAGAGAAAAGGCUGUGGACUACACUGCCAAGAUCUAUGCCGUGAGCAUCCGGGAGAUGGAAGGCACCAAACCACACCAGCAGCGGAAAGAAGUCUCCGUGGAAGAAAGACCGCCCGUCAGCCGAGCAGCUCCCCAGCCUGAGAAACUCCAGAAGAACAACGUCACCAAAAAGAAGAAGCUGCUUGAGGAGCUGGCCCUGGAGCACGUGUUUGGCUACAGAGGGUUUGAUUGCCGCAAUAACCUGCACUACCUUAAUGAGGGCGCCGACAUCAUCUUCCACACAGCAGCGGCGGGCGUCGUUCAGAACCUCUCCACAGGGAGCCAGAGCUUCUACCUGGAGCACACGGACGACAUCCUCUGUCUCACUGUGAACCAGCACCCCAAGUACCGCAACGUGGUGGCUACCAGCCAGAUAGGGACCACCCCAUCAAUCCACGUCUGGGACGCCAUGACCAAACACACCCUCUCCAUGCUGCGGUGCCUCCACUCAAAAGGGGUGAAUUAUGUCAACUUCAGCGCCACCGGAAAGCUGCUGGUGUCGGUGGGAGUGGACCCUGAGCACACCAUCACGGUCUGGCGGUGGCAGGAAGGUACCAAGGUUGCCAGCCGAGGGGGCCACCUGGAGCGCAUAUUCGUGGUGGAAUUUCGCCCUGACUCAGACACACAGUUUGUGUCCGUUGGGGUCAAACACAUGAAGUUUUGGACUCUGGCAGGCAGUGCGCUGCUUUAUAAGAAAGGGGUCAUCGGGUCCGUGGAGGCAGCCAAGAUGCAGACGAUGCUCUCCGUGGCCUUCGGUGCUAACAACCUCACUUUCACGGGUGCCAUCAACGGAGACGUCUACGUGUGGAAGGACCACUUCCUGAUCCGGCUGGUGGCCAAGGCGCACACGGGCCCCGUGUUCACCAUGUAUACCACCCUGCGGGACGGGCUCAUCGUGACUGGUGGGAAGGAACGGCCAACCAAAGAAGGAGGUGCUGUGAAACUGUGGGACCAGGAGAUGAAGCGAUGCCGGGCCUUCCAACUGGAGACGGGGCAGCUGGUGGAGUGUGUGCGCUCCGUGUGCCGUGGCAAAGGCAAAAUUUUAGUGGGCACCAAAGAUGGCGAAAUAAUUGAAGUUGGUGAAAAAAAUGCUGCUUCUAACAUCCUGAUUGAUGGGCACAUGCCAGGGGAGAUCUGGGGUCUGGCUACACACCCCUCCAAGGACAUCUUCAUCUCCGCCAGCAACGACAGCACAGCCCGCAUCUGGGACCUAGCUGACAAGAAGCUGCUCAACAAGGUGAACUUGGGCCAUGCUGCCAGGUGUGCAGCCUACAGCCCUGAUGGCGAGAUGGUGGCCAUUGGCAUGAAGAAUGGAGAGUUUGUCAUCUUGUUGGUGAAUAGCUUGAAGGUUUGGGGGAAAAAAAGAGACCGGAAAUCUGCCAUCCAAGAUAUCAGAAUCAGUCCAGACAACCGAUUCUUAGCCGUUGGGUCGUCUGAACAUGCAGUUGACUUCUACGACCUCACUCAGGGCACAAGUCUGAACCGCAUUGGUUACUGCAAAGAUAUUCCCAGCUUCGUCAUUCAGCUGGAUUUUUCUGCUGACAGCAAAUACAUUCAGGUGUCCACAGGAGCCUAUAAGCGCCAGGUGCAUGAAGUCCCCCUAGGGAAGCAGGUAACAGAAGCCGUGGUCAUUGAGAAGAUCACCUGGGCCUCCUGGACAAGCAUUCUGGGAGAUGAAGUCCUUGGAAUCUGGCCUCGGAAUGCAGACAAGGCUGAUGUCAACUGCGCAUGUGUGACCCACGCUGGCCUGAACAUCGUCACAGGAGAUGAUUUUGGGCUGGUGAAGCUCUUUGACUUUCCAUGCACAGAAAAAUUUGCCAAACACAAGCGUUACUUCGGUCAUUCAGCUCAUGUGACAAACAUCCGCUUCUCUUACGACGACAAGUACGUCAUCAGCACGGGAGGCGACGACUGCAGUGUGUUUGUGUGGCGAUGUCUGUGAUGGCAGCUGCCACCACCACCACUACCCGGCCACUGCAGAGGCCGUGCUAUGGCUGCUGGGACCUGCCUACGAUGCUGCAGGGACGCACAAGCUGACUGCUCCCAAGCUGUGAUGGCCAGAAGGUAAAGUUCUAAAAUGUUCAGAUUGUUGGCCUGUUCCUGAGACUCAGUGACACACACAGUAACUACACUGACAUAGAAAUCCUAUCUGAUAAUGUAGCCCACUGACAAAAUGGAAAAGCCUCAGUUCCCCUAAUCAAGAUGGAGCUUUUAAUUUGCAUCAGAAUUUUUACAAAAGAUGUUUUGCUAUUAUGUUUCUAAAUACUUUCAGAAUGUUCAUUUUUACACAUAAGUUGAAGACAGCUUGAGGUAGAUGCGCCUGUGUACUCAAUCUUGACAGCCUCUGUUCUCCACAUCCAGCUUUCCAAACCAAAUGAGCCAUGUAUAAACAGGCUGCGAAACUUACUUUUUUAAUGUUCCUUUGCUGAGUUUGAUAUCCAUUAAGUGCCUUUGAAAGUUUCCAGUUGUGUGGGCUGCUGUCUCACUUCCCACAGAUUAUCUUUUUUACAUAUGGUGCUACAAUUUCAAAACUGAGGAGGGCUACAGGACCCUUAGCAGAUACAUCUAGUCUGUCACCAUGUCCUGUGUUUAUGUCUGGGCUUCCUAAAUGAAAAAAUGGUAGUUAAGUUCUGGAGGGGUCAGAAUUGGUUUUCAUCAUUUAGUGCCAAAGCCACAAUACCCAAAAUAGAAUUCAAACAAAACUAAGCUCUCCUACAAAAUAGACUGGAAAAAAA